AUGGCAAACCGCCCGAUCGAAAUCAUUGAUGUCGGUGAAGAAUUGUCUGGCAGUUGCGAUGUAGCGGACCACAAAAGCCGAGCUGCAGUUCCACAACCCGAAUCGCAAUUCGCAGUCUCAUCAAUGAACCGGACGAUGCAACAUGGUUGGGGAAGCAGUGAAGAGAACAGCGGAUGUGCAAGCUGUCCAUCAAGACCGAUUUCAGACUUACCCCGUGCCUCCAUGGUUUCCGCCACGACCAUGGCUCUAAAUAAACCAUCGUUGAAUUCAGCUCACGACAGCAAUGACCGUCGACCAGCAUUCGUUUCUACUACUGUACUUCUGACUGCUGCUAUCGGUAUAACAUUGUUAGCGCUGAUCCUUAAAUCUCUGACUGGCUACCAAAGCGAAGGGAAGGGUUGUCGCAUGUCGUAUAUGCGACCCUCUUACAUUCAUUUCAGCGAGUUUGACACCGAACAUACACGCUUUGCGACAAAAUAUUCGUUGUAUCUGUAUCGCGAGCAGGGAAUUGACGACGAAAAAAAGUUACGUGGCAUCCCCAUACUAUUCAUACCAGGGAAUGCUGGUAGCUAUAAGCAAGUCCGGCCCAUUGCAGCAGAAGCUGCAAAUUACUUUCACGAAGUUUUGCAACGCGAUGGACGCUCGAAGGUCUCGGAAGUGCGAAACCUUGAUUUUUUUACUGUUGACUUUAAUGAGGAUAUCACCGCCUUUCAUGGACAAACUCUUCUUGACCAGGCGGAGUACUUGAACGAGGCGAUCAGAUACAUCCUUUCGCUUUAUUCCGAUCCGCACAGGACUAGUCGAGACUCCCAACUGCCUGACCCCAGCUCGGUAGUGAUUUUGGGACAUUCCAUGGGCGGAAUAGUCGCAAGAACCAUGCUGGUACAGCCAAAUUAUCAAGCCAAUUCCAUCAACACAAUCAUCACUCUGUCUGCCCCUCAUUCCCGACCUCCGGUAACAUUUGAUAGCCAAAUAGUCCACAUCUAUGAUGAAAUCAACGCAUACUGGAGAAAAGCAUACGCGCAGAAAUGGGCGAACAACAACCCAUUAUGGCACGUUACUUUAAUUUCAAUUGCAGGUGGUACAUUGGACACCGUAGUGCCUUCUGACUAUGCCAGUGUGGAACCACUUGUUCCGGCAACACAUGGUUUCACCGUCUUCACGACGGGAAUACCAACCGUGUGGACGAGUAUGGAUCACCAGGCCAUUCUUUGGUGUGACCAAUUCCGCAAGGUCGUGGCCAAGACGCUGUAUGAUAUCGUUGAUGUACAUCGUGCCUCUCAGACGAAACCUCGUGCUGAGAGGAUGCGACUGUUCAGAAAACGAUUGUUAUCUGGCUUAGAAACAACCGCUGAAAAUUCAAUUGCUCUUCAAGAACGUACUGAAUCUAUCGCACUCGACCAUGAGUCUAGCCGGAUAAUUUCUGCGGGAGAUCGAUUAGUUUUGGAUCAUUUAGGCAGCCAACAUGAUACAAAGGUGCAUCUUCUCCCAAUUCCGCCUGCCGAUACUUCGGUAUCUAAAAGGUUCUCCUUGUUGACGGAUAUUACACUGGACAACUCAGCAGAGUCUGGCCUACUGGAGGUGCUCGUGUGCACGGUUUCUCCUACUCAGCCACCUUCGAUGGCAGAACAACAAUCAGACAAUGGAGCUCUGCCCAGGGAUAGCCCAGGUCGGCUAGCUUGCAAAAAUGUCGGACCUGAUGCCAUUCCUUUGCCAGCAUCUACAAGAACAACGAGGCAACCGUUCUAUUUGGAGGGAGAAAAAGCGACUCGACCUUUUUCGUACUUGCAAUACGAUUUGCCAGUCCUUGUGGAAUACAACUUCGUCGCUAUUGUUGACAAAGCAAACUCCCAUUAUCCAGGCUUCGUGCUUGCCGAGUUCAGCGAUACAACUGCCGUUCAGAAAACCAAUUCUAUUGGUCUUCUAAACAUCAUGAUGUUUGGACUGUCGUUUGUUUUACCUCCAGAUAGACCCAUGCAAGUUGAUAUCCGACUUCCUUCAUUAACCUCAAGCUUAUUCGCCUUCAACCUAGAGCUUGAUACUCAAUCAUGCCGCACCGAACACACACUAUUUGCCCCAAUAGUCAAGCAGUCCCUCACCAGACCAUACGAAUCCAAAUUUUUCGUCAAUGCCAAACUGGUCGCUAUAAGCUUACAUGGAAUUGCCCCAUACGUACCCCCACCUCUUGAGCUCGGCGGCAGGAUCGACGGUCUAGGACUCCAAAUAUGGACUGACCCAACCUGUUCGUCGCUCGUGAAGGCAAAGCUUCGCCUGGAUGUCCUAGCUAGCCUGGGCAAGCUAUACAUGCGUUACAGAACGGUCUUUGCGGCCUUCCCGCUGCUCAUUGUUGCAUUGGUUCUCAGAAAGCAAUUUCGCGUAUAUGACCAAAUCGGCGUUUUCAUAUCAUUCUCUGAGUCGUUGGAUCUUUCGUUGAAACGAUCUAUUCCUCUCUUGCUUCUUUCUUUAACGCUCCUCGCAGCAUCACGAGAGGGCGCAACCAUGGCAACGGUUGGAUUUAUCUGGGGCAAACGUUAUCUUGAUGAGUUUCACCGGAACGAGCUCCUCAUCGGCACUGAAAACCCUGCCUUUUGCCUUCUGGUUCCCCUCUUGGGUGUUGUAUGCAUCGGUGUUUGUGCUGUUCUGCAUUACACUGUGCUUGCCCUAACACAGAUUCUUGGGAUCCUGUAUGGCUGUUGCAGUAGCAACUCGACAACCGCAGCAGAGAGCCGCAAACGAGCUGCUUCCCAAGUGCUGGUGCCCUCGACGCCAAGACGGCGUAUGAUCUCUACUGCAAUCCUUCUUUUCCUCGUUUCAACUUUUAUCCCUUACCAAUUUGCUUACUUGGUUGCUUGUCUUGUGCAGCUGUUUACUGCAGUCCGAGCAUUUCGCAUAUCGAGCAUGGGCAAUUCACGAUCGAAUCUAAACUACCAUCGCUAUGUUCAUUCGAUCCUUUUGCUCAUGAUAUGGGUUCUGCCGAUCAAUCUGCCAAUAUUAGCGGUAUGGGUACGCAAUCUUGCUGUUCACUGGCUUACGCCAUUCUCAUCCCAUCACAAUGUCUUAUCCAUAAUGCCCUUUAUCAUGCUGGUGGAGAACUUGACCACUGGCAGGAUGGUGCCGCAAGUGACGAGUCGACUACGGCAUGUUACCAGCGGGCUCCUUUUUGGCACUGCAAUUUGUGCUGCUGUAUAUGGAGUGUCACAUGCCUACAUGUUACAUUAUUUGGUUAAUAUCGUUGCCAUGUGGCUUGUAGUGUUACACUCGACAGCGGAUUCACGGUCCAUUGCGGGGAUUGCUGCCAUGUUCUAUGGUCGCGCGGUCGAAAGUCGCAAUGCAGGCAACGUUCACUAA